CAAGACAGGCCGUACCUGUUAGAGCCUACAGUUCUGCGAGGAUACCACCGACAGCGAGUUUCACCGAUGUCGUUAAGGUUUACCAAAGUCUUUCCGAGGAGUCAUUUUCUGGGACAGUUGCUUUGAACCGGGACCGUGGCAAUGAGGAAUUUAAAACACUGAAACUCUCGGGUGGCUUUUUGUUCUUGUCCCCGUGAAAUCUUUCGAGAAGAAUACUAACUUCAGCCUAUUUCAUAGAACAAUAGAUAGAACCAUAUUAACCACUAUUAAGUAAUAUUCAGCUGGAUCUGUGAAUCCUUUACUCGACUUGUCGAGGGUGGCACACGAAGCUUCCGCGCCGCCGGUCUUCUAAAGGCCACGGGCAGGUAUUAGCAAGUCAGGUAUCUGGACUUAACAAAAUUUGUUGGCGUGUUGUCACAUGCUUCUGUGGACUUGAGUCCUACCGAACAGUCACAAUGUCUUCUGAAACUGAGAUGAGAAUGGAAACUCGACUGAAAAAGCUUGAGACACUUAUCAGAGAUCCGCGGUCGGCGAUAAAUUUGGAAAGUUUACUGGAUUCCAUUAAUGCGUUGGCCCUGGAUCUGAACUACCCCGCGCUACGGAAGAAUAAAAACAUCGACGCCUUUUUAAGCAGAUAUGAGAAGGCCGUGGGACACCUGAGGGAGUUGCAGGUUCGGCUGGAGGAUUUUGAAAGAGUGAAAGUGAUUGGAAGGGGAGCCUUUGGAAAAGUACAGCUGGUGCGGCACAAGGUGUCUCGGCAGGUUUAUGCCAUGAAGCAGCUGAGUAAGUUUGAGAUGAUUAAGCGUUCGGACUCGGCUUUCUUCUGGGAGGAACGGGACAUCAUGGCCUUCUCCAACAGCCCUUGGAUUGUCCAGCUGUACUGCGCAUUCCAAGAUGAGAAGUACUUGUAUUUGGUGAUGGAGUUCAUGGCGGGUGGAGACCUGGUAACUCUGAUCAGUUCGUAUGACAUGCCUGAGGCAUGGGUCCAGUUCUACACGGCAGAACUGGUUCUGGCUCUGGACGCCAUCCACUCCAUGGGCUUCAUCCAUCGAGACGUUAAACCCGAAAACAUGCUUCUGGACCGCACUGGACACCUGAAACUGGCUGACUUUGGUACCUGUAUGAAGAUGGACUCGUCAGGUAUGGUUCGUUGUGACACAGCUGUGGGAACUCCAGACUACAUCUCUCCUGAGGUGUUGCAGUCUCAGGGCAGUACUGGUUAUUACGGCCGUGAGUGCGACUGGUGGUCUGUCGGUGUCUGCAUCUAUGAGCUGCUGGUCGGUGAUACUCCCUUUUACGCUGAGUCUCUUGUGGGAACAUACGGCAAAAUUAUGGCUCACAAAAACAACCUGAGUUUCCCUGAUGACAUCGAGAUGUCCAAGGACGCCAAAGAUCUCAUCUGUGCCUUUCUGACUGACAGGGAGGUGAGGCUUGGACGGACAGGAGUGGAUGAGAUCAAAGGUCAUCCUUUCUUCAAGAACGAACAGUGGACCUUUGACACCAUACGAAACACCAUCGCUCCAGUGGUGCCAGAGCUGAACAGCGAUAUUGACACCAGUAACUUUGACGACAUAGAGGAUGAAAAAGGAAGCGUGGAGACGUUUCCAACCCCCAGAGCCUUUGCAGGCAACCAGCUGCCCUUCGUUGGCUUCACCUACUAUAAGGAGGACAAGUUGUUGAAGAAUUCAGAGAUCUGUAUCGAUGGAGAAGACUUACCACAGAAGGACAAACCAGAGUCUGAAGAACUGCAGAAGAAGUUUCUUAAACUAGAGGAAAAACUCAAACAUGAGAAGCAGGCUAAGGAUGAGCUGCAAAACAAAUGGAGAACUUCAAACAGUCAAUUAGAAAAACUCUCCAAGGAGCUCGAAGAGGAGAUGAGUGAAAGGCAAAAAAUGGAAGGAGCUCUGAGGCAGCUGGAACGAGAGAGAACGUUUCUGCAGAGACAGAACACGGAGAGCGCGAAGAAAGCGGAGCAGGAGGCAGAGAAAAAACGAGGCCUGGAAAAAGAGGUGAACAGCCUGAAAGAGCAACUGGCAGAGCUGAAGAAGAAAAGUCAAAGCUCCCAGGAGUCCAGUGAGAAGAAUGCUCAGCUACAAAAACAGCUGGAUGAGGUAAGUGCUAAGCUGAAGGAGGAGCUGGAGGCUUCAGGGCGUCUGCGGAAGACUCAGGGAGAGGCAGUGAGGCAGUCCCAGCAGAUGGAGCUCUCUGUCAGGGAACUGCAGGAGACAGUGGCCCGGCUGGAGAGCAGUAAAAAACAGCUGGAACAGGAGAAACUCAGCCUGAACACAACGCUGGAGACAGAGAAGAGAGAACACAAUCUCAACACGGAGACCAUCUCUGACCUGCAGAGCCGUAUCUCCGGGCUAGAGGAAGAGUUGAAACAGAUGAAGAAUUCCCUUACGAAAGUGGAGGGAGAGAAGAGGCAGUUACAAGAGGACCUGGCCGUCCUGGAGAAGGAAAAAAGUAAUCAGGAGAUAGAUUUGACAUUCAAGCUCAAGACACUGCAGCAGAGUUUUGAGCAGGAGGAGGCGGAGCAUAAGGCUACUAAAGCGCGAUUGGCUGACAAAAACAAGAUCAACCAAUCCAUCGAGGAGGCCAAAUCUGAAGUACUCAAAGAUAUGGAGCGUAAUCUGGCGGAGGAACGUUCGGUGAAGCAGCAGUUGGAGAACAGCCUGAUGGAGCUGGAGAAAAAGAACUCCAUUUUAGACCGCGACUACAAACAGGCGCGGCACGAACUAGACCAGCUGCACACACAAAGAGACGAACUGGCCAAGGAGGUGGAGGAGUUGAAUGUGAAGGUGCAGCAAGAAGCUCAGAAACGUAAUUUGUCUCAGGCUGAUCUCAAGGCACAGAGGUCAGAGGUCAACACCCUGCGCUCAUCUGAGAAAAAGCUCAAACAAGAGGUCAACCAUCUACUGGACCUCAAACACAACCUAGAGAAACAGAACCAGGAGCUGCGCAGAGAGAGAGAGGACGCUGAAGCCCAGCUAAAAGAGAUUCAGGAUACUCUAGAGUCAGAGCAAUACUUCACGACUCUUUAUAAAACUCAGAUAAAGGAGCUGAAGGAGGAGAACGAGGAGAAGAAUAAACUGCUUAAAGAUGCUCGGCAGAAACUGGAGGAGCUUCAGGAGGAAAGGGACUCGUUGGCGGCCCAGCUGGAGAAGAGCCUGACGGCGGCUGACUCUGAACGCUUAGCGCGUUCCAUAGCUGAGGAGCAGUUCUCAGACCUGGAGAAAGAGAAGAUCAUGAAAGAGCUGGAGAUCAAAGACAUGAUCACACGGCACCGGCAGGAACUCGGCGAAAAAGACAACACCAUCAGCUCGCUGGAAGAAUCCAACAGAACGCUGACCGUGGAUGUGGCUAACCUGGCCAAUGAGAAAGAAGAACUGAAUAAUCAGCUGAAGGAGAUUCAGCAACAGUUACAGAAGGCAAAGGAGGAGGAGAAAGAGAAGAACGCGUUUAAGAUUUCCUUUGAGAAGCAACUUCAGGCUGAGAGGACACUCAAAAUUCAGGCAGUAAACAAGCUGGCUGAGGUGAUGCACCGGAGAUCGGAUCGGGUCGGUCACCGUGGCGAUGACAGUGGCGUUCGCAGGAAGGAGAAGGAGAACAGGAAACUCCAGCUGGAGCUGCGCUCUGAGAGAGAGAAACUCAACAGCACCAUCAUCAAAUACCAGAAAGAGAUCAACGACAUGCAGGCGAUGAUAGCAGAAGAGUCUCAGAUGCGAGUGGAAAUGCAGAUGGCCUUAGCCAGUAAGGACAGUGACAUAGAGCGUCUGCGCUGUCAGCUGACCAGCCUCAGUAUCCACUCCCUGGACACCACCAGUAUCAGCAGCCUUGGCAACGACGCCGACCUCGACGACAAUUUCCCAGAGAGCAGACUGGAGGGAUGGCUGUCCAUUCCUGCCAGGAACACUAAGAGAUUUGGAUGGGAGAAGAAGUAUGUGGUGGUGAGCAGCAAGAAGAUUCUGUUUUAUGAGUCUGAGGAAGACAGAGAACAGGCCAGUCCAUUCAUGAUCCUCGACAUUGAUAAACUUUUCCACGUGAGACCAGUCACUCAGUCAGACGUUUACCGAGCUGAUCCCAAAGACAUCCCACGCAUUUUCCAGAUCCUGUAUGCCAAUGAAGGGGAGAGUAAGAAGGACCAGGAGCCAGUGGUGGAGAGUCUGUCUGUGGUGGAAAAGUCGUCCUGUGUCGUGCACAAAGGCCAUGAGUUUGUGCCCACGCUGUACCACUUACCCACCAGCUGCGAGGCCUGUGCCCGCCCACUGUGGAACGUCUUCAAGCCGCCGCCCGCCUUGGAGUGCCGGCGCUGCCGCAUCAAGUGCCACAAAGAACACCUGGAUCGCAAGGAGGAGGUCUUCGCCCCCUGUCGAGUGAACUACGACAUGUCCACUGCCAAGCACCUGCUUCUCCUGGCCAGCUCUCAACACGAGCAGCAGAGAUGGGUCGCCCUGCUCCUCAAACGUGUCCCUCGCAAACCGGCGCCCCCGCAGUCCCAAACCCUCCCCCCCUCCUUCUCCCCCCAGGAGCCCCUGGAGUCACCGAGCUCCUCGCCUAAAAUCUCCCCCAGAAUCUCCCACAGGGGUGCGAUCAAACUCCAGCCCAGUCGACAGCAGCCCCCAGCCAAGACCAGUGUGAUAGAGUUUGACCUCAACAACUGGGCAUGGGCGAUUACUGCUGGUGAUGAUGAUGAUGAUGAUGAGGAUGAUGAUUAUGACGAAGUGUUUGACUUCUGA